UUGUCCUUAAAUCUAAAAAUUAAAACAUGGGCGGUGACAAAUGUAUGUAUAGAGGAUGCCAGAAUACGCGAAAUAACUCUUUAAAAAUAUUUCACCAAUUUCCUACUAAUGAAGUUGAAUCAAGGAAAUGGAUUAUAAACUCUGGAAACAUUGAAUUAGAAACGUAUAGUCCAAAAAAGUUGAGGAGAAAGGUAAUCUGCUCAGAUCAUUUUAAAAAGAAUGAUUAUUCAAACCCAGCUGCUCCAAAAUCACGCUUAAAACCAAAUGUUGUACCCAAAAGUUAUUUAAGUGAAUACAACAAUAAUGAAUGCGAUGAUUUGGUUAUUAAAUCUCCUAAAUCUUGGUCUUGGAGAUAUCAAAAGAAGAUUCAACGUGAGUGUUUAGAUGCACAUGUUAAUGUUGACGAGUUAAUGGAUACUACUCCAACAAAAUUACAAAAACGUAGUACAACACAAAUGGUUGAACUGUUUCAAGGUGAAAAUAACUCGUGA